AAGCAAUCAUUUCUCCUUCUCUCUGGCUGCAUUCCUGCAGCCAUUGAGAAAUACUGUGUGAGCUGUGAUUGGUCACAGCUUGUCACAAGGUACAAGUCUGUUGUGACUAGCCCUGUAUCAUGUGAUCUCUGUGAUCAUUCACAGAUUUCACACGUAGUAAGCAAUGAUGUCAGAAGUGGCAUCUUGCUUACUACUCUGCAUGUGAUCACUGAUUGGCCAAUCAGUGAUCACAUGAUCAGAACCACGCACAGAGGUCCUGUCCGACGAUCGGACAGGGAAUGCGCACAAGCAGGUGGCGGGGAGGCCGUUUAU